GGUGUGAAUGGGUCGAUUAUGUCAUGGCGGGUUAGAUGUUUUCGGCACUGAGUUUCAUACAAUUUGUUUUGAAUUACUCUGUCAAUGAUCUCGUUUGUUUCCUUGUUGAUAAAUGCUAGCAAUAUUAAUAUAGUAGUAAUAAUUUUUUAAACAUUUCAAAUGCUGAAACAAUUGCAAAUGGGCCUUCGCGCGUUCAUGCUCCUCGCUUCUAAAGUAUGGAGUUGUUUUUGUUACAUGUUUAGAAAGCAGUAUCGAGCGUUGGCUCAAUAUCAAUCUGUCAAAUAUGAGAUAUACCCACUUUCUCCAGUAUCUAGACACAGGCUGAGUCUCGUGAAAAGGAAAAUGCUGGUACUGGAUUUGGAUGAGACGUUAAUACACUCGCACCACGAUGCGAUGUUACGGCCGACGGUGAAGCCGGGCACCCCACCUGAUUUUGUACUCAAAGUUACUAUAGAUAAGCAUCCAGUCAGAUUUUUCGUUCACAAACGACCGCAUGUGGACUACUUUUUGGAUAUAGUGUCACAGUGGUAUGAGCUAGUCGUAUUCACAGCGUCAAUGGAGAUAUAUGGAGCAGCAGUGGCCGAUAAACUAGACAACGGCAGGGGGAUUCUGCGACGGCGGUUUUAUAGGCAACACUGCACCGCGGAGCACGGCUCGUACACAAAGAACCUAUCGUCAAUAUGCGACGACCUAAACAGGGUAUUCAUUCUGGACAACUCGCCCGGGGCAUACCGGGACUUUCCAGACAACGCGAUCCCGAUAAAGUCGUGGUUCUCGGACCCGCUGGACGUGGCGCUGCUGAACCUGCUGCCCGUGCUCGACGCGCUGCGCUUCACGCACGACGUGCGCUCCGUGCUCUCGCGCAACCUGCACCUGCACCGCCUGUGGUAGCACCGCCAGAUGUGAAUCAGCUUUUGUACAAAUUUAGGAGGUGAGAGCGCUUCCGGAACCUAUUUAUUAUUUUUUUCACUCGUUAGGCCCUACAGCGCUUCUAUUCAAAUAUACAUAUAGAAUUAAUAUAAACGUUUUUAAGUUUUGUUUUAAUUAAAACAGUGAUUAGUAUGUAAUAUAAAUAGGACUAUGAUUUACCUACAUUUGUAGGUGUGGGUAGUUUGAAAAACGCCCUACAAAAUGUUUUUUUUUUUUUUUGCGUUAUUUGUCUCUUUCCCCUACGUCGCAUGAGACAAACUGAUCUAAUAUAGGUUUUUCUAAGUAAUUUAUGAAUGUAUUAAGUCGGACUGUUGAUUAUGAAUUUUAAAAAUUUUCUAGUGUUUUGGCUGGUGUAUUUCGAAAAGUUUUCAUGACAAAAUUUAGUUCAGUUAUCCAUAAUUACAGUCCAUGUUAAUUAAGGCGUAGAAGCGGUCUGUCCGCUCAUAAAAAUUAUUUGUAAGAAUUUUUGUCACCAUUUUUAUUGCGAUGUACGGACAAUUUAAAAUUAACCGGUUGAAGAUCGUUUUAAUGCUAUGUUUUAAACAUAUUUCUACAUUCAACAUAUCAAUAAACAAUCAAAAAUAUGCUUUAGACUUCGACAUUGCAAUUUAAAUGUUGACAGAAUAAGUCAGUCAUAAACAAUCAUAGAAUGGUAUGGGAUUCUUAUUAUUGUCUAUGUUAUCACAUAUUACCUGUGUUUUUUUUUUAUAUAUAUAUAAUCUGUUUCGAUUUUUAAAUUUUUGUAUCGUACAUUUUUUUAUUAGAAUAUUAAUUUAUUUGUGAUUAUUUUACAUACAUAACACAUUGAAAAUAAUAAGAAUCCCACCCAUAGAAUUAUUUUUAAGUUGAUUAUGAAAUAUUGUGUUCGGAAACCAAUUACGUUUUUGAUGAUGAUGAAAUGUGCAAUUAUUGCGCUGUUGUCUAAUUUCUAUGUAAAAUACUUUUUUAAUAUUCUGAAUGUAAGACAAUACAUAGAUGGAUGAUUGAUGAAAAUGCUCAUAAGGAAAUGUGUCAGUUUGAAGUUUAGGUUACUAUAAUUAGUUCCAGUAGCGCUGUGAAACGCUAAGCGAUACAAUAUGAUGAAAUUUUGCGGGAAUUACCAACUUUUUUUUUGUGUUUUUUUUUAUGCUUUAUGAUUUAUACCAUUAAUGUUAAUAGGUACAAUUUUGUCGUUUUAAUACAGAUGAAUAAGCGUUUAUGUUUACAGUCUGGAAUUACUGAAAAUUCUUAUUCAUAUCUUUUUAUCUACGGUUAAUUUAUAUUUAGCUAUCAACAAGUUACAAGUUAUAAUAAAAGAUAACCCAAAUCAUGGAUAUUAUAAAAAAAUUACAAUCAACCGAUCCCCAUUUCGUCAUAAUGUAUCGCAACAAUGACAAUAGGUGUAUACUAUGUAAACUAUGUACAAAAUAAACCGAAUCAGUUGAGAAGUUUCGUUUAAAACAGCGCUUUUUAAAUAUGGAAGUGAAUUUUUUUUCUAUCAUCCCAUUGGCAGAUAAUAUAGUACUUAUAUAUGAACCACCGGCACUAAUAAUACUUAAAGUCACCGAUACUGUAGAAUAAGGGGCAUUAUUAAUCUAUGACUAUACACUUAUACAGUAUCACUUAUGUUUAGAUGUGAUUUCACUUGUUUCACAAAAGCACUUUUGUAUUUAUAUCUAGAGAUACUCCUCUUGGAGUAUUUGACUAUCUUGCCAAACCUAUUGUUGAAUUGUAUUGUCUUAGUUGCAGUUAUUGUAAAUUUACUAAAUUUAAAAAAGAAAUUAAAGGAAUACAAACCCUCAAAUAUGAAAUAAAAAAUUAGUUUUUACAUACACAUGUACCACAGAACAUAAAUUAAAAAGCGUUGUUGAUAAACAUAGAUGUUUUAAUGAGUGUUACCUUUAUAUUAUCUAUAUACACUUAAACUUAUGUACCACCAGUGGACUGUCAGGGAUUUCUAAGGAAUAUUGUCAUAAGUAGUUUAUCAAACCUCUUAAUAUAUUUUUCAAUGUUAAAAUUACUGUUAAAAUGUAACGGCUUUUGGACACCCUUUUUAUCAAUAGAAUAAGUAACAAGUUACUUUUUAAACAUCUAAUGCAAGCAAUGUCAUUGAUCAUAUUGUUACACUUUCUUGGUGAAGGUAACUAAUUAACGAUUAUAUUUUUAAUUCGUUCAAUUUCUACAGUGAUAACUGUCCAAUAUUUAGAGGUUUGAAUUCCUUUUUAAAUUUAACAUAUUUUGUUUAAACCAAAUAUUUUAAUAGAAUAAAUCCAAUAAGCCUAGUAAAAUAUAUUAUUGAAUUAAUGUUGUUGUUUUCAUGGAGAUGGGAAAUACCUUCCAAAAGGUUUAGCUACAGAAAUAAGAAUGUGAAUAUUCUUAUAAUAGUAGCUGGUAUAAAUUAAAAUCUUAGUAUAACGAAAAUAUUGUUCGUGAUUUGUAAUUGGCUAAAUCCAUUACAUACAAAUAAAUAAAUUAAUUAGGUGUUUUUUGUUGAACAAAUUAAUUUUAAAUCUUUGGAUUAUCGCCAGGCGUCGCUGGUAGAUGAUAAUUCUUCUAACGAUCUAGAAGACGUCCAUGCCAUAGACAAUAAAAUCAUGUCUUUCUUAGAACGUCACUAACUCACUAGCGAGCUUAACCACAAUUUUUUUUAAUCACUGGCAUCGGUAGAAAUGGUAGGGACGUCUACUACUAUAAGUUGGUAGAUCUAUUAAACUAAGAUUUAUGAAUAUUUUGGAUAUUUAACAAAGAAAUGUUCAAAAUUCUUACUGUAAACUUGUAAACAAUUUUUGUAAAUAGUUUUUCCCUUUAGCAUAUUAUCUUAGUAUUUCACUGUUAAUGACAGGGUGAAAAGUGAGAUUAAUUUGCCCGUUGAGACGAAAAACAGACACUCAAUUGUUUUUAAUGUACUAUUGAAUCGGAAUUUGAAAUAAUUUUCUUUUAAGGUUUUGCAAGUUGUAAAACUUUGAUAAAUAAUUUGCAACCUAAUUGUAGAAAACUAUGUAUAAAUCUAUGUUACUUAUUGCUAUUUUAAUUGAUCAAAUCUUGAAUUUGUGAGAUUUCAUUGGGUUUUAACAAAAUUUUAAAAUAAUAAUAACAAAUAAUUUUGGUUGUACAAAAUAUAUUCUAUAUAUUGGCCAGGAUAUAAUACAAUUAAUUAAUUUUGGAAAAAAAAAUGGAUUAAACAUAUUUUUUUAUUGUAAUAGGCUAGUCACUUUUCUAUUAUUUUGAUGAAUUAAAAUAGCAUUAAUGGAUAAUUAUACUGUUUAGCAUAUUAUGAGAGCUAUGUUUUCAAAUAUUUUGUUCAACUGUAAUAACCAAAUCUCAACUGGUUGUUCAAAGUUCAAAGCGAUUUGUAAUAUAAUUAAAUCGAUUUAAAAAGA